UCAUUAUAUCAGCGCCAUAAUGUGUGCAGCAUGUCCCAAAUAUCAUUAUUAAGUGGGUUAUAACUAUGCUGGGUUCUAUGACCUCUGUAACACUGGUUUGCAUUUGACCUUUAAUCCAUUGAAUUGCCUGGACGAACUUGAACAGAAACCGAGCUGCUGUCAGUUUGUACCUUUAGCAAAAACCUGGUCUGGAACCGUGUGCCUUAUCUAGUCCUUUACUAUGCUGCCAAAUACAGGAAAACUAGCUGGUUGCACUCUAUUUAUAACUGGAGCAAGUCGUGGUAUUGGCAAAGCCAUUGCACUAAAGGCUGCCAGGGAUGGAGCAAACAUUGUUGUAGCAGCCAAGACAGCAGAAGCUCACCCCAAGCUUCCAGGCACAAUUUAUACAGCAGCUAGUGAAAUUGAAGCAGCUGGAGGAAAGGCUUUACCUUGCAUUGUGGAUGUUCGAGAUGAGAACCAAAUCAGUGCAGCAGUGGAGAAAGCUGUGGAUGCAUUUGGAGGCAUAGACAUCUUGGUGAACAAUGCUAGUGCUAUUAGUCUGACCAACACCUUGGAAACGUCCAUGAAGAAAGUGGAUCUUAUGAUGGGAAUCAACACGAGAGGCACAUAUCUUACAUCAAAAAUAUGCAUCCCAUACUUGAAAAAAAGCAAAGUGGCCCAUAUUCUAAAUCUGAGCCCUCCAUUAAACCUCAACCCAAUGUGGUUCAAGAACCACUGUGCUUACACCAUUGCAAAAUAUGGGAUGUCUAUGUGUGCGCUGGGAAUGUCUGAGGAAUAUAAAGGAGAAAUUGCUGUCAAUGCUUUGUGGCCAAAAACAGCCAUACAUACAGCUGCUAUGGACAUGCUGGGGGGAUCUGGGGUGGAUAAGCAGUGCAGGAAGCCAGACAUUAUGGCUGAUGCUGCCUAUGCCAUUCUGACAAAGACAAAGGAUUUCACUGGAAACUUUGUCAUUGAUGAGGAGCUGCUGCAGCAGGAGGGAAUCAAGGACCUUGAUGUCUACGCUAUUAGUCCUGGACACCCAUUGCUUCCAGAUUUCUUCUUAGAUGAGAGCCCGGAGACACUUGCCAGUGCAAUGGAAGAACAUGGUGCCACUGCUGCCUUUAAGGCUGGAAAAAAGCAGGCAAAAUCACAAGACGCUAGCCCUCUGCAAGAGACAUUUAAAGCCAUUGAGCGUUCAGUCAAUGAAGAGGCUGUGAAAUCUACUCAAGGCAUCUACCAAUUUGUACUAUCUGGUGAAGAAAGUGGCAACUGGUUUCUGGACUUGAAGAAUGACAAAGGAGGAGUGGGUAAAGGAGAACCAUCUACUAAAGCUGAUGUGGUGAUGAGCAUGGACAGUGGGGAUUUCAUCAAAAUGUUUGCAGGCAAGAUGAAGCCUACCAUGGCAUUCAUGAGUGGGAAGCUGAAGAUUAAAGGAGACAUGGGCCUGGCUUUGAAACUGGAAAAAAUCUUAGGCCAGAUGAAUGCAAAGCUGUAAUCACAUAUAUGCUAACCACUGGAUCUGUCUUACAUACUGUAGCAGAAGGAAAAGUACCCGUCAAGUAAACAGAUCAAGCCAAGUUCUUCCAAGUUACCAAUGACCCUUUUAUACAAUAUGCGCAAAUUAGAGUUUAUUACAAACCAGUAACACAACUGCAGCAACGUGACUGAAUGUAACAAAUUGCAGACCUGUGCACUGCUUUUCCCUGAAGUGAUCCCUGAGACAUGAUAAAAAUAUUCAGUGUCUUUAAUAUUGAAGUGUGAAAUAAUGAAUACAUUAUUCUUUUUGAAUAAAAUAAAACAAAAACAA